UAUAAAAAAGCAUGUCCCAACCAACAAAACCAUAUUUAUUCCUUAUCCUUCCACCUCCAUUCUCUCCUCACAUUCCAUUGUUGAAAUUAAAAUGGAAUCAGCUCCACCGUCGUUGGAGCUGGACCUUGACAAUCUUAAAGCACUCAAAAUCCUAGGCAAAGGUGCCAUGGGCACUGUCUUCCUCGUCCACAACCCCACCGCCGCCACCAAAACCACCACCACAUUCGCUCUCAAAGUCGUUGACAAAUCUUCAAUCCACGCCAAGCACGACGCCGAACGCCGCGCCCAUUGGGAAAUCCAAGUCCUCUCCAUGCUUUCCCACCCUUUUCUCCCUUCCAUUCUCGGCACCUACGAAUCCCCACAGUUUCUCGCGUGGGCCCUACCUUAUUGUCCCGGUGGUGACCUCAAUGUCCUUCGUUACCGCCAAAACGACCGCGUUUUCUCCCCUUCUGUUAUCCGCUUUUAUUUAGCAGAAAUCCUCUGCGCUCUCGACCACCUUCAUUCCAUGGGCAUCGCUUACCGUGACUUAAAACCCGAAAAUGUCCUCAUUCAAAGUUCUGGCCACGUCACCCUCACCGAUUUCGACCUCUCUCGUAAACUCAACCCCAAAACCGUUAAAACCCUCAUUUCUAAUUCUACUUCUAAUAAUUCUAAUUUGCCUUUACCUAAUUCGAAGCUUCCAGAAUCUCACCGUAAACACCGACGGAAUUUCAGCCGUUGGAUCCCUCACAUUCCAGAAUCUUCUCAUCACAUGAAGAAUGGUUUCAACUUGAAAAAAACCAAGUCAGCACGAGUUAGCCCCGUGAGUCGAAGGAAACUCAGUUUCUCCAACGGCGAACGAUCCAACUCGUUUGUUGGAACGGAAGAGUAUGUCUCGCCGGAGGUUGUUCGUGGUGACGGUCACGAGUUCGCUGUUGACUGGUGGGCUCUAGGGAUUCUUACGUAUGAAAUGUUAUACGGUACGACGCCUUUUAAGGGGAAGAAUCGGAAGGAAACGUUUAGAAAUGUUCUGACGAAGUCGCCGGAGUUUGUUGGGAAAAGUUCAAAGUUGACGGAUUUGAUAGAGAAGUUGUUGGAAAAGGAUCCAAUGAAGCGACUGGGUUACACGCGUGGCGCUGCGGAGAUUAAAGAACACGAGUUUUUCAGAGGAGUACAUUGGGAAUUGUUGACGGAGGUGGUCCGGCCACCGUUUAUUCCGUCCAGGGAUGACGGUAUGGGAGAAUUAUCGCCGGAGAAGAUUUUCAAUGGUACUGGCGGUGUGGACAUUAGGGAUUAUUUUCAACGCUUGAAACUGCCGCCGUCGUUGCCGCCGUCACCAUUACCGUCAUCAUCUUCAAAGUUUAGGAGAAAUGUUUCGCUAUCGGAAUUCUGAUGCACGUGCGUGUGCUUGUUAGCACGUGCAAGAGUUAGUUAUUCUUUUUAGAGUUAUUGUGAUUUCAGUGCACAUAGAAUAACGGUUGAUCAUGAAGAACGGAAAUAGCAUAAUUAAUUUAGUUGGUUAAACUUUAAACUAUGAAAAUAUUAUGUGUAAUUAAUAAUUGUAGAUGUAGAUUGGGAUAAGUGAAAUCCUUUUCAUGAUAUAUUUGACAUGCACAAGAUCACUAUCUCUUUCUA